AUCCACAUCUCACUACUUUGAUGCAGGGGAUAAGUACAACAAUAGGACAGCAUAUUGCCACAUCACACCUAUCAAUAUUUUCCACGUGUCACAAUUUAAACUGUUUGACGUGUCUUUCUUCCUCAAAAGCUUCUUUCUCUGCAAAACCAAAACGACGUUGUUUAACACUGCACAUGGCCAUUUCCUUAUGCACUACACUUCAACUUCAAUUUCUCACUCUCAAUUCAUCCAAAUCCACACUAACAUCAAUUCUCACAAAUCCAACAACACGAUAUCAAUUCUCAACCAUCACCAUGAACUUAUGCACAACCAAAUCCGAACCAGUAACCACCUCCUCAGCAGCAUCUUCUUCCUCAAUGCAGUACGUGCCAGAGCAAGAUUCUAACGAAAUGGAACGUGUUUCCAAUCAAACAUUCCAAAGGUACACUUCCAAUAACACCAAAAGAAGUGGUAAAGGUACAUCAAUUGUGUGGUUUAGGAAUGAUCUCAGAGUUUUGGAUAAUGAGGCUCUUUAUAAAGCUUGGAUUUCCUCACAAACUCUAUUGCCUGUUUAUUGUAUUGAUCCUCGACUCUUUUCCACUACUCACUAUUUCGGAUUUCCGAAAACUGGAGCAUUGAGAGCACAAUUUCUCCUCGAAUGUUUGGCUGACUUGAAGAAGAAUCUAAUGAAACGGGGACUUAAUUUGCUUAUUCAACAUGGGAAACCUGAAGAUAUUAUUCCUUCUCUAGCUAAAGCUUACGGAGCUCAUACAGUAUAUGCACAAAAAGAAACUUGCAGUGAGGAGAUAAAUGUUGAAAAUUCUGUCAGCAGAUGCCUUCAACAAGUGGUGCUACCAUCUGAAGAAUCCGCUGCGGCGUCAACAACUUCAAACAGCCACCCUAAGUUACAGUUUGUUUGGGGAACCACCAUGUACCACCGUGAUGAUCUUCCUUUUGAUGUCACUUGUUUGCCGGAUGUUUAUACUCAAUUUCGUAAGACCAUUGAAGCUAAAUGUGUCGUGCGCUCAUGCAUCAAAUUGCCAACUUCACUCGGACCAGCUCCCCCAAUUGAGGAUUGGGGACGUCUUCCUUCAAUGGAGCAGUUGGGACUUUGCUCUCAGAAUGUUAGCAAGGGGAUGAAAUUUGUCGGGGGUGAAACUGCUGGCCUGAACAGAAUAUAUGAAUACUUUUGGAAGAAGGAUUUACUGAAGGUAUAUAAAGAGACCCGAAAUGGGAUGUUAGGGCCUGAUUAUUCUACUAAAUUCUCUCCAUGGCUUGCAUCCGGAAGUUUGUCACCUCGUCUCAUACACGAAGAGGUAAAGAGAUAUGAGAAUGAAAGACAAGCAAAUAGUUCUACCUACUGGGUUUUGUUCGAGUUGAUAUGGAGGGAUUACUUUAGGUUUCUAUCAGUCAAAUAUGGAAAUUCAAUUUUCCAUAUAGGUGGACCUAGAAAUAUUCAGCAUAAUUGGAGCCAAGACAAGAAAUUAUUUGAAUCCUGGAGAGAUGGUUGUACAGGGUAUCCUCUGAUAGAUGCCAACAUGAAGGAAUUAUCAACGACAGGUUUUAUGUCGAACCGAGGACGACAGAUUGUGUGUUCGUUUCUAGUUCGUGAUAUGGGCAUAGAUUGGCGCAUGGGAGCCGAAUGGUUUGAGACAUGUCUUUUGGAUUAUGAUCCAUGCUCUAAUUAUGGAAACUGGACUUAUGGAUCAGGAGUUGGGAAUGAUCCUAGGGAAGACCGUUAUUUCAGCAUACCAAAACAAGCACAAACAUAUGACCCAGAAGGCGAAUAUGUUGCAUACUGGUUGCCACAGUUACGAGCAAUCUCAAAAGAUAAAAGGAACUUUCCUGGUAAUUUAUAUAUUCGUCAAAUUGUGCCUCUCAAGUUUGGAACAACUAGUAGACACAAUAAGGAGGACAAGUCACAUGGUGCAAGAAGAGGUAAUGAUCGAAGAUCGAACAGGAGACAAGUUUAGGGAAGAAGAAACAUGACCACCUCUUAUAUUACUGUAUGCCAUUCUCAGUGGGAAUGUGGAUACUGGAAAUCUUAUUGAUAGCAUAGGAUUUGCCUACCAAUAGUGUAUCAAAGAAUAAUAAGAAAGUUUACCCCAUUGAAGUUGAGCUAAUCCAUUUGUAUUUGGUAGCUCUUUUUUUUGUAUAGAAUUUUUAUACUAUGGUAACUUUGAAUAAGGUCAAUUUUUGUUAAAUUUA